ACUAACAGAUGGCAGUCAUGUGACUGUAAAAUAGGCAGUGAUUGCAGUGAAUGAUAGGCCAUAACAUUGGUGUCAUUUAACUGUCAUUUAGUGUUCAUUGCAUUGAAGUCUCACUUCUAAGCGUUUAUUCAUUUGUUUCGCGAUUUACUCAUUCAUUGCAGUCAACGAUGAGUUGGAAUCCGUUGAAGAAGUUGUCUAAAAGCCAAUCGAUGGUCGGUUCCCAAGUGAUGAACAACGAGAACAUUGAGAGCAAUGUUUCGGCACUCAAUCAGGCUGAAGUGACGACAAAGAAGUUAUACAAAGAGACCAAACGAUUGAAUGACUGUAUAUUAGCUGUGAAUCGGUUUGAGAGCAAAAUGACUACAGAUUUGUCUAAUUCUGUGUUAUGUCAAGAGGACCAACACUUGCGGUCAGUUGUGGAGGAAUGGCAUACGUUUACCAUCGAGUCGAUCAAAAACGGCGAAGAGUUCGCCACAACUAUCCAUAAGACAGCCAUUGAACCGCUGAAGAGAUGGAAAAUGGCGUUCAAUGAGAUCAGGAAUGGCAUCAAACGAUACGAACAAAUCAAAUGUGAUUUAAAUAAAUAUAAUCAUAAGAAACAGAAAUAUAGCGAAAAGGAAAAGACUUCACACAAUAUACUGAAGUUGAAGAAUGUUGAGGAAGAGCUCAAGAAUACUCAACAGGAGUACAACAUUGAGACACAAGUACUCAAUCGAGACAUCCCUCUAUUCAUCGAAAGUCGAAUUGAUUACUUCCAGCCAUCGUUGGCAGCACUCAUCAGAUCUGAGGCACAGUAUUGGGGAUCAAAUGUCACCUCUUUUAAUGAACACAACUCUAUGAUCACCGAUAAGAAAGACUUCGCCACCAAUGAGUACUGUAGGCGACAAUCACAACGUUUGGAUCAAAUCAAUAGACUGUCCAUCGUUUCCAACGAUUAGACCACAUAUUACUUAUUCAAACAAUUAUUUUUUAUAUUCAAUAUAAAUAUUAAUUCUGACCAUUCAGAUUAAUUUUAAAGUAUAUAAAAGUAGAUAAUAUAUUACAAAAUUAUUUUAUAAAAUAUACACUUAAUUUAAAAUAACAUUGCUAUUCAAUUGUGAUAAAAUUGCAGCAUUUUUUAAAUUUAAACAAAUGUG